AUGAGAGAACGCAUACUCAAGUUUUACAACCCCGAAACAAACCUGAGUCUAACGCAGUCGAGCCUACGGAUUGGGCAACGUUUGGAAUAUGAAUUCGGUGGUAAAUCUUUCAACGUCACCGAAGACUUCUUGAAACUCAUCCCAAAGGAAUCACCUCUGAAGGACCGCCAUUUCAACACCUGCGCAGUCGUGGGCAACUCCGGUAUUCUACUAAACAGUAGCUGUGGUCAAGAAAUCGACUCCAUGGACUUCGUCAUUCGGUGUAACCUGCCUCAAAUCGAAGGUUAUGAGAAAGAUGUCGGCUCCAAGGCGAACCUGACUACAAUGAAUCCAUCCAUCGUCAAACGUAACUUUGGACAAUGGCACAACAAAACAACGGAUGAUUAUGAUCGUUUGUUACGACGUCUUAAACAGAUUGGCGACCAGAUCUUGUACGUGCCCGCUUUCACAACUCCGAGGGAGGAGAAGAACGUGAGGGUGAUCACACAGAUUCUUCUGGAACACAAACUGCCGAUAAGGGCUACUUUUCCACCGGCAAGAAUUAAAAUGAACAGUCUCAUAAAAUCAAUUUGGACAAAGGCUGGGUUUAAGAUGCUAGCGCUUCGUCCGUCCACGGGAGCGCACAUGUACACCCUGGCUGCCACCAUCUGCGACCAGGUCCACAUGUACGGCUUCUAUCCGUUCAGCGAGGACAAGCGAGGCAGGGCGCUCAGCUACCACUACUAUGACACGAAGAAGAUGAUAGGCAAAAAGACCCACAACAUGCCAGAGGAAUUUAGGGCAUUUCAGCAGCUCCACGUGCGGGGUGCAUUGGUACUGCAUAUAGAACCAUGUCAUUGACCUUUUAGCAAAUGCAUAGAUUUUCUUUUCGAUCAUUAAUUUCGAUCAUUGGACACCUACAUAUGAAUGCACUGUAAUGUUGUCUAACUUGGCUGCCAGAUGUUGAGUUGUCAGGUGUCGCCCAAUGUAAGAUGUGACUGUGUGUAUGUCAGGUAUGUGACUGUGUGAUUUUAUGACCGGAAAUGCUCACUGGUAAUAUUAUGACAUGCG